AUUGAUCAAUAGAUUCUCCCCCCUUGAGCAUUGUGAAGCCCUUUUUUUUUUUGGUUCCAUUUCCAUUCCCAUUUCCUUCUCACAAAUAGCUUUUAGGUGAGAGAGGUGGUCUCCACGCGCAAACACCUCACGCCCAAGAAGAAGAAGAAGAGAGAGAGAGAGAGAGAGAGAGAGAGAGAGGGAGGGUUGAGUGCAAAAAUACAAGGAGCCCCAAAGAUUCGAUCUUCAUAGCUUUGGUCCCCCUCGCGCCCCGUCUCCUUCGUUCGGUCCCGAUCUUUGGAUGGUUUUAUUUGAUGGGUGGUUGGUAUCUUGGCGUUCUCUCCCUCUCCCGUUUCUGGGUUGUCGGUCACCAUUUGUAAGUUUGGGGCAUUUUGGUGUUCUUGAGGCUUACUUCGUCGAAAUAGGGAUCUAGGGAGAGUUUUUGGAUGUUGGGUUCCUUCAAGCAGGGGUUUUUAUAGCCAAAGUUGCUAUUUUUACGGAGGAGUUUGGUGUUGCCUCCCUUUCCUGUUUGUAAAUUUGGGGCGUUUUGGUGUUCUUGAGGCUUCCUCGUUGAAAUGGGGAUCUAGGGAGAGUUCUUGGGUGUUGGUGUUUCUCCGAGGAGGGAUUUUUAUUGCCAAAGUUGCAAUUUUUAUGAAGAAAUUUGUUCAGUUUGGUUAUCUCCAGCUAUGUUCCUGAUUAAGCACUUGCGUGGUUGUUAGUGCUUUUUCCCUUUUUCUCGUGAUUGCAAACUGUUUGUUUCUUUUCCCCAACUAAUUUGCUUUACCGUUCUUGUUGGGUUGGGGCAAUUAAUGUUCUGUGGUUGAUUAAGUAGGCAUUUCUAUUGUUGGGUUUCUUUCCAAAGAGUUAUAUUUUAAAAGGAAAAAAUGGCUGAUAGAAGCACUCAGCAUUCGGGUUUCCGAUGCCGGAAAACCCUCUCGUGUUGGUUCGCCCUCGCGGUCCUCCUCGUCGUGUCGUCGUUUAUGAUCUGCUUGAAUUCCACGGGCCGGCCGCAUUUCGUCGACCGCAAUCUCUUGCCCGCCGACAAGGUCUUCUCGGUGAUCGAGAAAGCAAACAACCCGCCCCGCCUCCCGAUCGAAGAGCGGGCAGUGAAUGUGGAGCAACCUCUCUUUGAUGAGAUUGAAAUUAGACAGGAAGAAAAGGCUCGCGAUAAGUGUGAUCCAAGCAAUGCGGUUCUCAAAGUUUAUAUGUAUGAUAUGCCCCCCGAAUUCCACUUCGGCCUUCUAGAUUGGAAGCCCGACGGCAAGAGCGUGUGGCCGGAUAUCCGUGCUAAUAUUCCGAGUUAUCCCGGCGGGUUGAAUCUCCAGCACAGCAUAGAGUAUUGGCUAACACUGGAUCUCUUAUCGUCGAAUUUUCCGGACCGAGUUGGCCCAUGUAAUGCUAUUAGAGUUUAUGACUCUCGUGAGGCCGAUAUUAUAUUCGUGCCGUUCUUUUCGUCACUGAGCUAUAAUAGGUACUCGAGAGUUAUCCCACCGGAAACCAUUUUCAGGGAUAAGCUGCUGCAGCAGAAGCUGGUGAGGUAUUUAGCUUCUCAAAAAGAGUGGAAGAGAUCUGGGGGAAAGGAUCAUGUAAUAGUAGCACACCAUCCGAAUAGCAUGUUGGAUGCGAGGUCGGCGCUGUUUCCGUGUGUGUUUAUAUUAUCGGAUUUCGGACGGUAUAACCCGAAAUUGGCUAACUUGGAGAAGGACCUUAUUGCUCCCUACAAACAUUUGGCCAAAACCUUUGUGAAUGAUUCAGCUGGGUUCGAUGAUCGGCCGACUUUGCUAUAUUUUCGAGGAGCCAUCUAUAGAAAAGAGGGAGGAAACAUCCGCCAGGAGCUCUUCUACCUCCUCCGAAAUGAGAAGGACAUCUACUUCUCCUUCGGUAGUAUCCAAGGAAACGGGAUCAGCACAGCGAGCCAGGGCAUGCAAUCGUCUAAAUUCUGCCUCAACAUCGCUGGCGACACUCCGUCCUCCAAUCGGCUGUUUGACGCCAUCGCGAGCCACUGCGUUCCCAUCAUCAUCAGCGACGAGAUCGAGCUGCCGUUUGAGGACGUCCUCGACUACUCCGAGUUCUGCGUUUUCGUCCGCUCGUCCGAUGCCAUAAAAGAGGGCUUCUUGAUGAAGCUAAUCAGAGGAAUCGGGCGGGAGGAGUGGACGCGGAUGUGGGAGCGGCUCAAGGAGGUCGAUCGGUACAUCGAGUACCAGUACCCGUCGCGGGAGGACGACGCGGUCCAGAUGAUCUGGCAGGCGUUGGCGCGGAAGGUGCCGGUGAUACGACAGAAGGUGCAUAGAUCAAGGCGGUUUUUGCGGUUCCCGACUGGGAAGUAGAAUUCAAUAUGAAAGGAAUUUGCACGAUCUCAAAUUUACAAUUCUUGUUGUUUGUCCUACCGUCGACCAUUAUUUCAAGUUUUUUCAGUUAGAUUCAUUUUUUUCUCUAGUGGGAAGUUGAAUAAGUCGAUUGAAGACCGAUUCUUUCGCAGGUUGAUUGUGUAAAGUUGCAGGUAGUGUAGGUUUAGGAAGUUUUUUGUGCUUUGUAUACUCUCACAGCAGAAGUAUGAGAGUAUCUGUUGUAGAUUUAUUUUUACUCCGUAAAGCGGCGCAAUGUAGGUAUCUAUUAUUAUUAUUGUUGUUAUUCUAAUCGACUUCGUCGAACUAUUCUCCAAGCAAGAUAAACUGGCAUUAUAUGGUUCUUGUUGGAUUUAUGCUCA